AAAUGAUAUAACCUGAUUGAUUCAAUUAAUCUAUGAUUUCGAUGCCCUGUUUGAUGUUGGAAAAACUCUUUAAGUUGUUAUUUACAUUUACCGAAGUAUUGAGUUUUGAUAGCAAUGUCUCAUUUGAGUAGGAGAGAUAUCGAUGAUUUACGGCCAUCGAUAGAUAGAGCAGUUUAUAAGAUUCUUGGAGAGAAGGAUUCUUCAUUGGUCAGUACCGCAGUUCAUUGUUUAAACUCAGGGUAUGAUAAACGCAAAACUAUUGAUAAACUUUCAUCUUAUGUUGAUAGCAAAAAAGCGUUGAAACUAGGGGAUAAAAUAUUUGAUUUGAUAGAAGAUUUGAAAUCAUCUAGUUCUAAGAAGCGUUCUCGAGAUGAUAUAGUAGAAAGAGAAUCCAAGAAAAGCAAGUCAUCUAGCUCUAGAUACGAUGAAAGGGACAGAGGCAAAGAAAGGGAAAGUAGAUUUGACUCUGAUCAGUCUCGGCAUAAAGAAAGAGAUAAUGGAGAUAAAAAAACGAAUGGUGAACAGAAAAAAAUCUUGGAUUUGGCACCUAAGACCAAUGUUAAUAUAUCAAACAUUGCUAUUCCAACACCAAGUAUUUAUGGAAUACCUCUGGGAUUAUUGAAUAGGGGUGAAGCAGAUAAGGCAAGAAAAAUUGCCCAACUGCAAGCCCAGAUAAAGAAUAAAUUCUCUUCUGGAAUAUUAGGAAAUGUCAUUCAAAUUCCUGUUCCUUCUAAUAAACCAACACCACUCAUUCUAGAUGAAGAGGGAAGAACUGUUGAUAAAUCAGGUAAAGCUGUUCAGUUGACCCAUGUUGUACCUACAUUGAAAGCCAACAUAAGAGCCCAAAAACGAGAACAAUUCAAUAAGUCUCAAAAUCAUGACAAAGUCCAGGAAGAUAGUGGUGAAAGUAAAUUUAUUGAUAGUCGGCUUAGUAUUAAGCCAGCUGCACGUACAAAACGUGCGUUAAGGUUUCAUGAACCUGGUAAAUUCCAACAAAUGGCUGAAAGACUUCGAAUGAAAGCCCAACUUGAAAAAUUGCAAAAUGAAAUUUCACAAAUUGCAAAGAAAACAGGUAUAUCCUCCGCAACAAAAUUAGCUUUAAUUGCAAAGUCUGAAGGUGCGAUCGAAGAAAUUCCCCAGAUGGAAUGGUGGGAUUCAGUUAUUUUGGAAGAUAAUCUAGAUACAAUGAAGGAUGGCAAGAUUGCAAUAAAAACUAUAGCCAUCAAUACUUUAGUAGAACACCCCACUCAGAUGAGAUGCCCAACCGAUCCUAUUAAACCUUUGUACAUGCAAGUUUUCUUGACGAAAAAGGAAAAAAAGAAAUUACGAAGACAAAACAGAAGGGAAAUGUGGAAGGAAGAGCAAGAAAAAAUAAGACUGGGCUUGGAACCACCACCAGAACCAAAAUUGCGUAUCUCGAAUCUGAUGAGAGCAUUAGGAACUGAAGCUGUACAAGAUCCAACAAAGAUUGAAGCUCAUGUCAGAGAACAAAUGGCAAAAAGGCAAAAAGCUCAUGAGGAUGCCAACAAUCAGCGAAAACUGACUCCUGAACAGCGACGGGAAAAGAAGGUUAAAAAAUUGAAAGAAGAUACAACUCUUGGUGUUCAAGUUGCAGUAUAUAGGAUAAAAGAUCUACAUGAAUUAGCAUCGAAAAAAUUCAAAGUUGAAACUAAUGCUAAACAACUUUUCAUGACAGGAACCGUUAUGCUUUAUCGGGAUUGUUGUGUGGUUGUUGUGGAAGGUGGACCUAAGCAACAGAAAAAGUACAAAAGAUUGAUGUUGAAUCGAAUAAAAUGGGAAGAAGAUGUGGUGAAAGAUCCUGAUGGUAACGAAGUACCCAAUCAAUGUGUCCUCGUAUGGGAAGGUACAAGCAAGCAGAGGAACUUUGGGGAGGUCAAAUUCAAAGUAUGUCCUACAGAAAGGAUGGCCAGGGAGCAUUUUAAAAAACAUAAAGUGGAACAUUAUUGGGACCUCGCUUAUAGUGGGGCUGUGCUAGAACAAGCAAAUGAUACUUUUACAUAACUUUAUUUUAUUACUCAUUCAAUAUAAAAGAUCAUGUAAAUAAAAAUUUCCUUGAACUCAA